CGCGCGCAAGUAUAAAGACUCACCUGGCCGCUCAACCUGAAGCCAUUGCAACAAAUCACGGCAGCGACAUGAAGGUGUUCCUCGCAGUCCUCUCCCUCGCCCUUGUGGCCUGUGCCCAGGAGUUCGACCAGCUUCCUGGCGGCGGAAGGCGUGUUGGUUUCGGCGGCGGCGGCUUCGGCGGUUCGUCCUCAAACGCGAACGCCGCCUCGCAGAACUUCAACUCCGGCGGUGGCUUCGGAGGCUUCGGUGGCUCCGCCUCCAGCGCCAACGCUGCCUCCCAGCCCUUCAACGCCGGCGGUGGCCGCGGCGGUGCGUCCGGCUCUGCUGCCUCUGCUAGCGCCUCCAACCAGAACUUCAACGCCGGCGGUCUCGGCGGCGGCUUCGGCGCCAGCUGAUCUAAGCGAAUUCUGUUCGCCGAGAAGUGACUCAUAUUAUAUGAUUAUUCCCUUUUCCAGUACAAGUAUAAAUUAUUAUAAAAUUAUAUUUAAUCAUUUUUAAUAUAAAAAUUUAACCGUUUGUUACAAGUUUAAAAA